CUACACAAUCAUUAGGCUUCAUCUUGCUUUGGGUGAAUAAUUCACUGAAUUAUUCAGAGGCUCCAUGAUGCUCUUGAGGGGGAAUCUCUGCUUACUGUGUCUUUAAAGUCGUGCAGAGGGGAGCUAUACUAAAGAAAGGAGGGGGCUGCUGUGCGCCAGUUGGAGGUGUCUGCAUGUCGCAGCGGCUUGGUGUUGACAUUAAAGAGGAGCGCGUCCAUGCUUCAGCGGGGAUCUACGGCGCAAUUUAAGAUACUCCGAUUGAACCGGUUCCAGGCAGAUUGUCAUCAGACUGAAGAUACAUGGAUGGACAGAGAAAUAGUGCAAUCGGAAUUAACUUGUCAGCCGGUGCGAGGAAUUUCUGGAUAUAAUGGGGAAUACGACACCUAAACCUUUGAUAGAUGCAACGCUGCAACCCCGCCCGGUGGCCAGCAGGCAGUACUACACCCUGCCUAAGAAUGGGGCAGGUGUGGAGAGAAGAACGUCCGCCGCUCCGGUCAGCAUCAAUGUGGAGUCACCCCGCUUUCACCCCCACGCCAAAGGCAAGAAUAUCAGGCUGGAUGGGCAGCUUCGGCGUGCCACACGCAAGAACAGCUUCUGUAAUGGCAUCACUUUCAGCCACAGGCCUGUCCACCUCUAUGAGAAGGUGCGUCUUCGCCUGAGUGGCGUGCACACUGGCUGGAGUGGAGCUCUACGCUUCGGUUUCACCAGUUUGGACCCCAGCGAAUUGGUCGCUACAGACAUCCCCAAGUAUGCUUGCCCAGACCUGGUGACACGGCCCGGCUACUGGGCCAAAGCUCUGCCUGAGAGACUGGCCUUGAAGGACAAUGUUUUGUCAUUCUGGGCUGAUCGCCAUGGAAGAGUUUUCUACAGCAUCAACGAUGGAGAGCCUAUCCUCUUCCACUGUGGCCUCAGCAUCGGCUGUCCACUCUGGGCCAUCAUAGAUAUCUAUGGCAUCACUCAGGAGGUCACACUGCUUGAAAGCACGUUUGCUGAGAGUGUGGGAUCCAGCUGCCUGAGUGCGGCCCGUCUGAGUGCCUAUCUGCCCCAGAGUAGCCACGACUCAGCCAAUUACAACAACAAUCAACUGGAGAACAACCAGGCUGCUGCUGCCAAGAUGGCCAACCUCCAGCUCAAUAACUACACUCAGCUCAUCCCCUGCUGCUCCGCCACCUCUUCCUCCUCCACACCGUCCUCAUCUGCCUCCACUGGAUUCAGCACCCCGAGGGUGGUCCGGGGCCUUCCUUCCCCACUGGACAAUGACUUGCACUUUCACCCCGUCCGUGGCUCUGAUGUAAUACUCUCUGCAGACCGCUCUGCUGCCUGCAUCCACUUUCUGGACAGCAGUCGGACUCUGGUGUUCAGUGACCGUCCACUGCAUGUGGGUGAGACUUUGUACGUGGAAGUCGGCCACCUGGGCCUGCCCUACUUUGGGGCGCUGUUGUUUGGUUUAACAUCCUGUGACCCCGCCAGUCUACAUGCCGCGGACUUACCAGCAGACCCUGAGGUUCUCCUGGACCGUAAAGAGUAUUGGGUGGUGCAUCGGGGCUUCCCCAUGCCUUGCUCUGGAGAUGUGCUCAGCUUCAGUCUGCUGCCCAGCGGAGAUGUGCACCACGGGGUGAAUGGAGUGGGACGUGGCAGGCUGCUCUGUGUGGACACCUCUCAGGUCCUCUGGGCCUUUUUCACCCUGCAUGGGGCUGUCAACAGACUCAGGAUACUGGGAACACUGCAAUCCAGUCCUCCCUCCACAUCCACCAGCACUUCUCAAAGCAGCAGUCCCGAUGACAGUGACUCCGACCUGGCGUUCAGUGUCAACAGAUCCUCCUCUGCCUCUGAAUCCUCUCUGGGUAGGUUACCAAAUGUUGACAGCAUGCCUGAUGCUACAAUGGUUGACUCCCCCACAAUGCCACGGCAGGAAGGCUAUUAUGGUAGUAGAGUGACUGCUCCCAGCUCCCCCCUCAGCCCUCCCGUCUCUCCGACUCUCACCGCCUCAGAACUGCCCUCUGCUGGAAAAAACGGAGAAUGCACCAUUUGCUUCGACCAGGACGUGGACACCGUCAUCUACACCUGUGGACACAUGUGUCUGUGCAACGACUGUGGGCUGAAGCUGAAGAGACAGAUCAAUGCAUGCUGUCCGAUAUGCAGGAGGCCGAUCAAAGAUGUUAUCAAAACAUAUCGGCCAUGAUGGUCCAGAUGUUCAAACAGGUGCUGUGACUUACACUGUUGGAUGCCACCUGACCUGUGACCCCUUCUCAGGCUUGUUUGGACACAGAUCUUGGCCCCAAUUGGAGAUUAGCCAAACCAGGACAUAAUUGUGCCUAUAUGUCCAUUUUAUAUGGGUAAAUCUUUUGUGAAGAUAGAAUAUGCUCUUCAUACACAGACCUGUGAUCAUCUUAAAACAUAGACUGCUACAUGAGCUCCUUUGAUUUGGCUGAGAAAGAAGAGAUGAAUCAUGCGCUCCUUUUUUGUAAUGUCAAUGUAAUGUCUCUUACGUCACGUGUAUUUGCUGAGCAGAAAAUCCUGCUGUGAAUAUUUGGUCCUUACACUCAUCGUCCUAGAUUAAUGUGUGCUUCAGCAGAGUAUGUGGACCAUAGUCUAUAACUUGUAGUGCCUUAGAUUUAUGUCACAUUGUGUGUACAAGUAAUCAUGCUACCAAUCCUAGCCAUAUUUUUAAUGUACAGUACUGAAAGUGUGUGGUGAAAAGGCACACAGAUGCAGAAUAUAUGCAACGGAAGGUGUUAUAGAAAGAUUCUUUAGUGGAAAGAUGUAACUGUAUUAAGUGUGUUCAGUGGCGUGCUUUAAGAAAAGUAUGUUUGGAAAGUACAAAAUGAAGAAUCCGGUUUUACACUUUGAGAGAUUAAUAAAAGUGGACUGUGUGAUUAAAAUGUG